AUGACCAACCACACAGUGGACACAGAUUUCUUCCUCAUGGAAGUCUCUGACAGGAAGCAGCUCCAGGUGCUCCAGGGCUUUCUGUUUCUGCUGAUUUACUUGGUGUCACUCAUAGGGAACCUUUUCAUCAUCAUGCUUGUCACUGUGGACCAGUGUCUUCACGCCCCCAUUUACUUCUUCCUGAAGAACUUGUCCUUCCUUGAUGUGUGCUUCAUUUCAGUCACAGUCCCAAAGCUCAUUCUCAGCUCUUUUUCUCACAGGAGCACUAUCUCUUUCCCAGGUUGUGUGUGCCAGGUCUUGUUUGUGGUUUAUUUUGUUGUAUCUGAAAAGUCCCUCCUCACAGCCAUAUCCUAUGACCGCUAUGUGGCCACCUGUCAUCCACUACACUAUGAUGCCAUCAUGAACAGGGUAGUCUGUGUGCAGAUAGUAGCCGCCUCUUGGUUAUUUGGAACUCUUCUGAGGGGCUUAUAUUCACAUCGUACCUUCUCUUUAUCUUUCUGUGGCUCCAGAAAUGUACCAGAGUUCUUCUGUGAUGUCCCUUCUCUAUUGAAGAUUUCUUGUUCAAAGAUACACAUCAUCAUUGACAUUAGUGUCAUCUUUGGAAUCACAUGUGGAUUUUUUUCUUAA